GCAUAACAACUUCGGAGGCCGCAAACAACACUGCCAGAGCUUCAGCUGCUGACAUUGAUCUGCGAUUUAGUGGUGCAAAGCUGGACUUGGAUUCUGAUGGGGCCUCUGAUGGGGCCUUCCACAGGACCUGGACGUGCUUCAAGUCACAGUGGAAGCGUGGAAGCCUCAUUGCUGUCAGAGCAACUGAGACAGGCGCAGAAGUUUGCAGGAACAAGCUGCCUUGAUAAGCGUAGAUUGACAUUUUUGGGGAUUUUGUUGGGGGUACUUGCUGUAGUUCUUACAUUUGUACUCUUGCUGAUGGCGGAGAACAAAGUUAAGAGCAGAAGACUGCUGCAGACAUGUGCAAACGUCGCAAAAAUGAUGGAUAUUCGUGGCAAUCUUGCAGAUGCUCCUCCCUACGCGCAAUUCAUCCAGGCCUUUGUUCAACUGUACCAACGGCGAGCAUCAGAUGAAGAGAGAAAACAGGACCGCGAGGGAGCAGGUGCAAGGUGGAGUUUGGAUCAGGAGACAUUCCAGAAAUUUGUGGAUAUCAUAAAGCCCAAAUGUCCGGAGAUUAGCUACAUCGCAUACUCUGACAUUGUAUCUGCCUAUAACUCAGCAAAUCCGUUAGCUGGAGAUAACAAGUUUGCUAAAGAUUUGCCAUUCUUCAGAGUUCUCGUCUUCCAGGAUUUAUAUUCACCAAAAGCUCCGACUGCAGAUUUUUAUUUCACAAGUCCAGGUCCCCGUUCCUCACAUGUGCUCCUAUUGCCAAAGUGCAGUGGGCCACUGGAGGGCCCAAAGGACCGCCUUCCUACUGCGAACAGGUUAGCUGUGAAGGUCGAGGUUCAUGCUGACCAUUCCGACACAGUAUCGCCCUCCAUUCUCAGGGCCAUUUGCAGUCCGUUCCCAGUUCAUUCCAGAUCUGAGUCCAACAUUGCCAGAGAACUGCCUACACGCGGGAAAGUGAAUGCCCGCAGGGACCAAGAAAAGCUGAAAUCGCAGCAGGCCCUAACUGAAAUCCACGAGGCUGGCCCAGAAGCAGAAGCCCAUGUCCGGAGCCAGUUUGAUCCGCGCAGUCUCGAGGAACAGUUGAACCAGGCUGCAACGGGAGUUGAUCUCCUCUGUGUGGUAGGAGAAAUGAACCUGGUUUUAGCCAAGGCCGAUCACAAUCUGGACCAAUUCGUUGCUGAAAUGCUGGCCAGAAAUGUUCAGCACAUUGAAGAAGAGGAAAAAAAGAAAGAAGGGGAAACAAGCGGAGAAAACAAACAGGAACUAAAUGAAGAUGUCGUUGACCAGAACAUUAGGCAGCUGAAAGAAGCAUUGCAAGCAGAAAAGAAGAAUAAGGAAGCCAUAAAACAACAAAGAAAAGAGAAAGACGAAGAAGAAAGGAAAAUGAAUGAAAUCCGAAGCAAAGUACAAGUAGAAGAAGGAAGUGACAUUGCAACUCUCAUGCAGAAUACGAUGUCCUACUUCGUUCACUUGGAGACAAAGCUAGAUCAGGUCAUCGCCAAUAAGAAUUUGCUUUCUGCCCAGUUGGUGAUGUUGACCAAUGCGGUCAAGCAAAAGCAGCCGAUGACCAAAGAAGAACAGGAGCAGACCCGGGAAGAACCGAAACUUGAACCAGGGAAGAAACUUAUGGGAGAUGCAAUGAAAUUCACCCCUAAUAAUGAAAACCCAAAGAAAGAAACAAGACGGGAGAAAAUGAAAAUGAAGCUUCCCUUCACAUACAACGCCGAGACAACGGGAAUCUAUUCUCUUUACAUCCAGAAGCGAGCGCUACAACGACGCCUUGAACGACCCGAUCCCCAUGGGACCCCGCUCGGGGAAACCAGAGCGGUGGGGGACGCGGGCUUGAGAAGGGCGUCCCCAAGCGGCCAGGGGGGACGAAGGGAAGGGAGAGGGGAAGGAUGCGAGCGAAGAAUGGAAAAUACCGCUAUCAAACGUGUCGACAGUAGGGGCUUUCUUCCUGACACGUCUCCUGUCACCUUCAGAAAGCAGGAUAUUGCACCAGGGGGGUAAAUCAACCAUAGUAAAAGCCCUCCCAAGCG